CAGUAAACACAGUACCUAGUACUAGGUAGUACAAUAGUUACUCGGUAAUAUUCUCAAAAUUGAAUUACUAAGGCAACAAUUGAAGCUGUCUAGACUUUUGGGGCAAGGCAAUGGGUUUUUUCCCCUUAGAUUAAGUUCUAUCACUUAAGGUUGGGGAGCUUUUUUCCUAUCUGCAGUUUUCCGGUUCCGUCAUCGUUAUCGAGAUAUUCAAUUUUCUGGUUCGGAAAGUUUUUUUUUUUAAAAAAAAAAAAGAAUAAUGUUGUGUCGACAACGCCUAUCGCGGCAACUCGCUGUGAGGGCCCCUUCAAACUUCGCAUCGAGGCUCAGACCCCGCUAUACGUCACGCCAUUAUUCCUUAAACCUCACCGGCCGACCAACCGACACUGCCAUAACGUAUUCGAGAGUCACGAUAGCUUCAAACCACCACAAUGUCUUGCUGAACACAAGCUUCUCGACCUCGGCCACUAGGAGGAAAGAGAAAAAGAAAGACACUGAAUUCUUCGACGAAUCUGUUGAACCACUCUCGGAGGAAGAAACAAAAGCAAAUCAGGACAAGAAGGCCGAAGAAGCUAAGGACGAAGUGAGCGAGGCGAAAACCUCCAACGCAGAGUCCCCGCCAUCUUCCAAGGGCCAGGGUUCAGGUCAAGGCCAAGGCGAAUCGCAAGACGGAAAAGCGAGCAGUGCGGCCGGAGGUGGUUCGUCUGGUUCAGGAAACGAUGCGCCUGGAGAUGGAGGUCGAAGAGGUCGAAAGUCAGCCACCGACAAAGCGCUGCAGAAACCCGUGGUGCCUGAUGUAUACCCCCAGGUUAUGGCGAUACCGAUAGCGAAACGACCUCUGUUUCCUGGUUUUUAUAAGGCGAUCACCAUCAAGGAUCCCAAUGUCUCUGCCGCGAUACUGGAUAUGAUGAAGAGAGGCCAGCCUUACGUUGGCGCAUUCUUGUUCAAGGAUGAGAAUGCCGACGAGGAUAUCAUUAGAGACCCGGCCGACGUCUACGAUACUGGAGUUUUCGCACAGGUCACUAGCGCAUUCCCUGUGCACGGAGAACAGAGCAGCCUCACAGCCAUUCUAUACCCCCAUCGACGAAUAAAGCUAUCUACCCUUAUACCACCCGCCACUGCCGAACCCAAAAAGACAGACGCCGAACCAGAGCCUAUACCCGAGCCGAUACCGAACAAGACAGAAGAACAGCCGCAGCAGGAGAAGAAGGGCGAUGUUGUCGCAAGCUUCGAGGAGAGUGCGGUUUCGACAAAGGCUGAUGCUACAACUGAUAAGUACGAGCCGACAUCGUUCUUGCGAAAAUACCCAGUUAGUCUUGUCAACGUCGAGAACCUGUCCGAAGAACCGUUCGACCCCAAAAGCCCCGUUAUUCGGGCCGUGACGAACGAGAUCGUAAAUGUGUUUAAGGAAGUCGCCUCUAUGAACAGUUUAUUCCGGGAUCAGAUUUCGACAUUCUCCAUGAGCCAAUCAACAGGCAACGUCAUGUCAGAGCCAGCGAAGUUGGCAGAUUUCGCUGCAGCAGUAUCUGCCGGGGAGCCCGCGGAACUGCAAGAAGUCUUGGGCAGCCUAAAUAUUGAAGAGCGAAUGCAAAAGGCUCUGGUCGUACUAAAGAAGGAACUUAUGAAUGCGCAGCUUCAAUCUAAGAUUACCAAGGAUGUGGAACAAAAGAUCACUAAGCGGCAACGGGAGUACUGGCUUAUGGAGCAAAUGAAAGGCAUUCGCCGUGAGUUAGGGGUCGAGUCCGACGGCAAAGACAAACUUGUCGAAAAGUUUAAGGAGAAGGCCGAUAAACUGGCAAUGCCUGAGGGGGUUCGAAAGGUAUUCGACGACGAAGUCAACAAACUCGCCCAUCUCGAAUCCGCCGCGUCAGAAUUCAACGUGACGAGAAACUACCUGGACUGGUUGACACAAAUUCCUUGGGGUCAAAGAAGCGCAGAGAACUUCGGAAUUCAAAACGCAAUGAAGGUACUAGAUGAGGACCAUUACGGACUGAAAGAUGUCAAAGACCGCAUCUUAGAGUUCAUCGCUGUUGGAAAACUACGUGGUACUGUUGAGGGUAAAAUCUUGUGCUUUGUGGGACCUCCUGGCGUUGGCAAGACGAGUAUAGGCAAGUCAAUUGCAAGAGCUUUAAAUCGGCAGUACUACAGGUUCAGUGUGGGUGGUCUUACGGAUGUGGCCGAGAUCAAAGGUCAUCGACGAACCUACGUCGGUGCUCUUCCUGGACGAGUCAUUCAAGCUUUGAAGAAGUGCCAAACCGAGAAUCCACUCAUUUUGAUUGAUGAAGUUGACAAGAUUGGCCGGGGCUACCAAGGUGACCCUUCAUCCGCUCUUCUAGAGUUGCUUGAUCCAGAACAAAACAACUCUUUCCUAGAUCAUUACAUGGAUGUACCCGUCGACCUCUCCAAAGUAUUGUUCGUCUGCACAGCGAAUAUGACCGACACUAUCCCGAGACCUCUCUUGGACCGAAUGGAAGUCAUUAGGCUCUCCGGUUACGUUUCGGACGAGAAAAGAGCAAUCGCCGACAAAUAUCUUGCCCCUGCUGCCAAAGAACUAGCUGGGCUGAAAACUGCAGACGUCGCUUUGACGGAUGGUGCGAUCGACGAGCUCAUCAAGUCGUACUGCCGUGAGUCAGGUGUUCGUAAUUUGAAGAAGCAAAUCGAGAAGGUGUAUCGGAAGUCGGCAUUGAAAAUCGUUCAAGAUCUCGGAGAGGAGGUCUUACCUGAGUCCGCAGCUCUAACGGAAGAUGGCAAGGCGGCCAUGGAAGAAUCCGAGAAGGAGAAGGAGAAGGAAAAGUCUGACCCAACAUCUCCCGAGGCGACCGAAAAAGAAACUACGGAGACACCACGGGUAGCUUUAAAGGUACCGGAUUCGGUUCACGUUGUGAUAGAUAAGGACAAUCUCAAAGAUUACGUCGGUCCUCCGAUUUUCACUUCCGACCGACUAUACGAUGUGACUCCACCGGGUGUUGCGAUGGGUCUUGCAUGGACCCAAUUGGGCGGUUCGGCCAUGUACAUAGAGUCCAUUCUUCAAUCUGCAUUGCGACCCAGCAGUCGGCCAAGCCUAGAGAUCACGGGCAACCUGAAAACAGUGAUGAAGGAGUCCUCUACGAUCGCUUAUUCUUUUGCGAAGGCAUACAUGGCCAAAGAGUUCUCGGACAACCACUUCUUCGAUAAGGCUAAGAUCCACCUCCACGUGCCAGAGGGUGCAGUACAAAAGGACGGGCCAUCGGCUGGCGUAACCAUGGCGACAUCUCUCUUAUCAUUGGCAUUGGAUGCACCGGUUGACCCCACAAUUGCUAUGACGGGAGAGCUUACCCUGACCGGCAAGGUUCUCAGGAUAGGAGGUUUGCGGGAGAAGACGGUAGCGGCAAGACGUGCUGGCUGUAAGAUGAUUUUCUUCCCAGAUGACAAUAUGUCCGACUGGUUAGAACUUCCAGAGAACAUCAAAGAGGGUAUUGAAGGGCGUCCAGCCAGUUGGUACAAUGAGAUCUUCCAGCUCGUCUUCCCCAACAUAGACCGGGAACAGGCGAAUCGAUGCAAGAUCUGCGAGUGGAAAAAGGAGCAUGACACUAAGUCGGGCAGUGAAAAAGACGAAUAGGAGAUGAAGCGGAGAGUGGCGCAACGGAUACAUUCCCACAGCCCCAUCAUCCACUUGCAUAUUUGAUAGACUUAUAGCAAUGCAUCUGCGGGAUUGGGCCAUCAGACAGGCGUUCAGGCGGCAAUACCAUGACUCGAUGAAACGACUUGGAGCAACCCAACCAAACAACACAAUUGUAAAAUUUACUCAUUACUCCUCACUCCUCACCUGCUUUUGUUUUGUUUUUUGAAGCAUUGCAUCUUGUAUCAUACGAUCUAACCUACCUUUACUUCUUUGUGCGUAUAGCGGGAGCCGGGGACAUGGUGGCGGAGCGUUGCUAUACACGCCCCCUCUCUCCCUCCCCCUUUUGUUUCUUCCCUUACUAAGGUAGAGAAUUACCUAGUAUCUAUCUACCUAUUUUACCUACCUAACUUGUAUUCAAGAAGAAAGGAAAAGGGAGAUGUUGAUGAGGAAGAGGGGAGGGGAAAAGGAAAAGGAUAGGGGGAAUUGAAGAAAAGAAUUAAGACAUGAAGUAUUAAAAAAAAGUUUUUCGAGCAAAGCAACGUGUCAAGCUGCUAGUGAUAGAUGCCUACAUAUUUAUUCACAUGUGCCCUUGAGACGUACAUGUAGGCUGAGACCAAUUUCAGAGGGUAGAUGGUGCCAAGUAAGUACGCCUAUAUGUAGGCAUAUGUAGGUACGGUGUAGCUGUUGCUGUC